GUGCACCCUCUAAAGCUGUCAUGUGAUGACAAGGGCUGGGCGUGUGGCGCUCGGACAGUGAGGAGCCCGCAUCAUGCUGCUGGUGUUGAGUGACGAGCACCGCGCACAUCUGCAGAUCCUCACCCAGGUGGAGAGCGCCGUUGUUGGAGAGUUUGGGCGAAUUGCCGUAGAAUUUCUCCGAAAAGGUUCAAAUUCAAAAGUCUAUGAAGGAGCUGCAAGAAAGCUGGAGGUCAGCAGUACAACUAUCCAGGAAGCUGUAAAAGGUCUCACUUAUCUACUCACGGAGAGCUCCAAGCUUCUGAUCUCUGAGAUUGAUUUCCAAGACUCUGUGCUUGUUUUGGGAUUUCCUGAAGACCUGAAUAAAGUCCUUCUGCAGUUGUAUCUGGACAAUAGGAAAGAAAUUCGUCGGAUUCUCAGUGAGCUUGAACCAAACCUUCCUCAUUACGAUAACCUCGAGUGGCGGCUUGAUGUCCAGCUGGCCAGCCGUAGCCUGAGACACCAGAUAAAGCCCACCAUCACCAUGAAACUUCAUCUGCAGGAGAACCAAGAACUGAAGACCAGCGUAUUACAGACCGAUCCUGCCACGUUACUUCACAUGAUCCAGGAGCUGGAACAAGCGCUUGCUGAGAUGAAAACAAACCACUGUCGUCGAAUUGUGCGCAAUAUUAAGUAAACAAAUGGGAAAUUGUAGCGAUGUACUGUAUAACAUCAUGUAAUGCUUGGGCCAACAUUAUUCGACCAAAAGCGUAGUCACAACUCUCAUCGAAUUGAUGCCUUGCUGGGGUUGUACUUCCAGUACUACAGGUAAGGAGUCCCAUGAAAGGGAGUAGUAGGAACUUUCAGGACCUUGCUGCAAGAUUGUAAAUAGAUUUAUUACAGUUUAGCUUUAUUAAUAAAAUGAUGCCCUUUAUGAUA